GUGGGUGUUCGCAGAAGGUAACAUCAUGGCGUCAGGAGCAGGAGAGUCGUCCGCUGGACACGACGCAGAACUGGACGAGUUAUUGGACAGUGCGUUGGAUGACUUUGACAAAACAUCGGCCCCUACGGCCCCUGAACCUGCAGCUGCUUCCUCCUCAGCCAACAGUGGCGCAGAGAAGCCACCCCUCCUUGAGGACUGCAAGCUCUUCGAGAGUCUCUUUGAGGGGGAAAUGGCUGCUCAAGCCAAGGAGGAGUGGGAGAAGGCCAUGACGGAGCUGGCCCAGGAGGAGCCAGAGUUACUCCAGCACUUCCAAAAGCUGUCAGAGGCUGCAGGCAAAGUUGGCAGUGACACCGCCUCCCAACAAGAAUUCACUUCCUGUCUUAAAGAAACCCUCCGUGGCCUGGCCAAAAAUGCAGACAACCUUCAGUCCACAGGACUAGCUGGGGACGAUCUUGUCAAGGCUCUAGAAGGCCUCGGAUUGGAUGAGGGUGGCGAAGGAGGUGGCGAGGACGGAAACAUUCUGCCCAUCAUGCAGUCCAUCAUGCAGAAUCUUCUCUCUAAGGAAGUGCUUUAUCCAUCUCUCAAAGAGAUCACUGCCAAGUACCCAGAGUGGUUGGAUACCAACAAGCCAAGCCUUAGCCCAGAGGACUACCAGCGCUACGAACAGCAGGCCAACAUUAUGGGAGAGAUCUGUAAGCAGUUUGAGAAGGAGGAGCAGGCGCCAGAGGAUAAAGAGAGCACGUUCGAGAGCAUCAUGGACCUGAUGCAAAAGCUGCAAGACCUGGGCCAACCACCCAAAGAGCUAGCAGGUGAUGCGCCUCCCGGAUUUAACUUUGACAUGGAGUCACUCAACCUCCCUGGAGGGCCGGGGGCCGGGGCGGCAGAGCAGUGCUCUAUCAUGUGAUGAGGUAGUGGCGCAGUCCCAUCAGAAGCACUGGAGCCAGAGGAUCACUCUGUGUGCGUCAGCAAUGAAGAAGAAGUGAGGAAAGGGGUGACAGAAGCAGAGGUCGGGCAGGAGUGUGACCAGACCGACGACACUGUUCUCCCUUAAGCAGAAGGUGUGUGGAUGGCAGCAACAUCGGGAGGAGGCACAAAAACCACCAGGAACCACACACACAAACACACUCUCUUCUCUGUAAAAAUCACUGCAACGCACAACUGAGAACAUCUUCACAUCUCUGCAUUAGUUUUUCAGCGGUUGCUACAGCUCCUCCAUGGUUUAGGUUUAACAGCAUUCCUUUAAAAAAAAAAAAGAAGAAAAAUACCACUGCUGUUUUCCAUAUUGUUUUUACAUACUGUUUAGCCUCAUGGUAAAAUCUAUCAAACCACUUCACGGGUAUAAACGGUGCCUUUGCAAAAUGACUUUAAGUUAUUAUUUUAGGUCUCAUAAUUAAGUGAAUAUUCUGCUAUCGCUCAGCUCAGCACCUCAGAUCAUAGUUUUAAAGUAGUGUUUAAGAGUUUGCAAAGAUCAUCCAAGGUUUACACCAAGCUAGUGAUCAUUCUUUGGUAUUUAACACACCUCUGUCUCUGUGCAGGCUGGACAGGAUUUGACUUAACAAGUUGAUGAUUUAUUAAUGUGUAAAGAAACUGGAAAAAAAAAAAAA